AUGGAUACUAUAGAUACAUUGAAAAUUGCCUUCCUUCAAUUCAUCAACAAACUCAAUCCACUUUUACCAGAUUAAUUACUCUCUAUAGUUUCUGAAUUUAAAGAAUAAUUGUAAUCAAAAACUCCUUCUGAUCUUUAUGAAUUUGUUUAGCAAAUCCCUGAACUUAAAAAAAGUGACUCCUCUUGUAAUACAUCUCCUGAAUUAAACAAGGUGGCAUCACAUGGUUAUAAUCCACUUUCUGUAUGUUCAUAAAAGGAUUCUGAUGACAAAAGUUAAAGUUCUUAUUCAGCUGAAAAAUAUUAACAAUUGAAAAUAGGUAAAAUGCUAUUAAAUCUAUUAUAGAAAUAAAUAAAAAUUUCUUUCUUAAACCUACUACAAAGUUCAAUACAAAUACAUAAAAUAAAAUUUCUAAAAAUGUAGAUAUAGAAGUUAAAGUACAAAGAGAAAAUAUUAAAUGUAAAAAAUAUUAAUAUUAUUUUUUAGUGGUUGAUACUCUAAAGGAAAUGCCAAAAUUAAAGAGAAUCGGCUUUGCUGAAAGAACAGGUCUAUUAAAUUAAGUUUCAGAAGCAUUGAAUUAAUUUAAAAAAGAUGGCAUUACAAUUAAUACAGUGUAUGAGAAAAGCACUGAGAUUAGUACUCCUUAAACUCCAAUAGAAAUGAGAUAAGGCUAAUAAUAAUUUUAUUAUGUAAGAAUAAUAAAAUUUAUAUUUUUAGUAUUAACCAUUUCAAUAAUAACCUGUUUGUUAAUUCAAAGGAUAUAGUGUAUAUUCAAAGAGAGGAUUUAUAUAACCAAUUUAAUUUGAUAUGCAAUUCUAAUUGAUGCAGCAGCAAUUUUAAAAUUAAUUAAUUUAUAAGAAAUUAUACUUUUGA